AUGAUAUUUUUAUCCUUGCUGGUACUCUCCGUGAUAGCCUUAUUCGUCUGGCUUAAAGAACAUUAUUCGUAUUGGGAGAAACGUAAUGUCCCCCACGAGAAACCAUGGCCUUUUAUUGGCAACAUGCAGGGAUUGGGUCGUAAAUAUCACUGGAAGGAUAUCAACGAAAGGAUUUAUAAGAAAUUUAAAAACACCACACCUGUUGCUGGAUUUUAUACCUUCACCACACGAGCUGCCUUUGUCAUGGAUUUGGAUAUUAUCAAAGAUAUUAUGAUUAAACAAUUUCAAAGUUUUAGUGAUCGCGGUUUAUUUCAUAAUGUGCGUGAUGAUCCUUUGACGGGAAAUCUUCUAUUUUUGGAUGGUGACAAAUGGAGGGCAUUGAGACAUAAAGUUUCACCGGUAUUUACGACGGGUAAAAUGAAAUUUAUGUUUCCCACCGUGGUCCAGGUGGGUGAGAAAUUGGAACCAGCCUGUUUGAAGUUCAUAAAUGAGGAGGCGGGAUGUGGCAUAAUAGAGGCCAAGGAUUUGUGUGCCCGCUAUACCACCGACGUAAUUGGAACGUGUGCUUUUGGUAUUGAGUGCAAUAGUUUAAUAGAUCCCCAGGCAGAAUUUCGUAAAAUGGGUAGAUCGAUAUUUGAGAAGCCGCGCCAUUCGGGUCCGGUUCAGGGAUUUAUGUUCACCAAUCCCAAAUUGGCACGAAAACUGAGAAUGAAAACCUUUAGUGAUGAUGUGGCGGAUUUCUUUAUGAAGGCCGUAAAGGAAACGGUCGAAUAUCGUUUGAAGAAUAAUAUUAAGCGUAAUGAUUUUAUGGAUAUGUUAAUUGAAAUGAAACAGCAGCGGGAUAAAUUAAUUGCCGAAGGCAAACAGGUGGAUGAGGAUGAUAUGAGUGGUGGCCUGACCUUGGAACAAUUGGCUGCCCAGGCAAUGGUAUUCUUUUUGGCGGGAUUUGAUACUUCCUCAACCACAAUUUCAUUUUGUCUUUAUGAAUUGGCUUUGAAUCCGGAGGUCCAAGAGAAAUUGCGCCAGGAAAUCGGGGAGGUUUUGGAGAAAAAUAAUAAUGAACUGAGUUAUGAGGUACUGAAGGAAAUGAAAUAUUUGGAUAUGGUUAUUUCAGAAACUCUACGAAAAUAUUCGGUAACCCCUCACUUGGUGCGUUUGUGUGUCAAGGACUAUCAGGUGCCGAACACAGAUAUCGUUUUGGAAAAGGGUUUACGUGUCAUCAUACCUUUGGAUUCGAUACAUCGUGAUGGCGACUAUUUCCCAGAACCGGAAAAAUUCCAACCAGAUCGUUUCUUGCCCGAAGAGGUAGAGAAACGCCAUCCUUUCUCGUAUUUGCCAUUUGGUGAUGGCCCUCGUAACUGUAUUGGUAUGCGUUUUGGUAAAAUGCAAGCCCAAAUUGGUCUCAUCUGUCUUCUGAGGAAAUUUCGUUUUGAUCGCUGUCCCCAGACUCAGAUUCCAAUGCGUUAUACUAAACUGAGUUUUCUGUUGGGUUCCGAGGGUGGGGUCUAUUUGAAGGUGACCAAAGUGCAAAAGGAAUCGAGAUAG